AUGUCACCUGGCAAAUUCAGACCUCAUGAUUGGCUAUAAACAGAUAAAGUCAAGUCAAGGAGUGGGACAAGACCACAGCUGAAAACCUUUAAUCGCUGGAGCUGUAGUAGAGUACCUAUUGCUAAUUUACCAAGUGCAAUUGACGUUUAACAGGUGACUGACUUGGACAUUUUUGAAAAUUGUGUGAAUCAGAGCCAAGAAUAAAGUUUCCCAUUUCAAUGCAGAAGAUUGGCUUUCUUUUCCUUGAAGACAAUAUUGUAUGUCCAAUAUGCCUUGAGGUAUUUAGAGACCCAGUCACCACAGCCUGUGGGCACAACUUCUGUAUGAAUUGCUUGCAUGUUUAUUGGGAACACCUAGCUCUGAUUGGGGAACAACCUUACUGCCCUCAGUGCUGGGAACCCUUCAGUUCAACACCUCAGCUCCGCAAAAAUAUAACCCUGGGAGAGAUUGCAAUGAGAUUUGCCCAGGAGGAAACUCAAGAUCCACAGAAGCUGGCUAGUUUCAAGAAUGUCCCGUGCGAUUUUUGUUUCACGCGAAAGUUAAAAGCAGUCAAGUCUUGCUUGCAAUGUAUAGCUUCCCUGUGUGAUAACCAUAUUCAGUCUCACUACACAGACAAGAUUUUCAAGAACCACCAGCUGGUGGAACCUCUCAGUGACUUGAAAGGCAGCAUGUGUGCAAAACAUCGUAAGCUGCUAGAGCUAUUCUGCAAAGAGGAAGGCAAAUUUAUUUGCCACAUCUGUGUCCGGGAAGAGCAUAAGAACCAUGAAGUAAUUUCUUUGAAGCAAGAAAGAAGCAAGAAAGAAGUGGAGAUCCAGAGAAUACAUGCCAGUGUGGAAAACCAGGUCAUGAUAUUGGUAGAAGACCAUCAGAAACAUAGAGCAAGAGUGAAUUACCUUAUGAAAGUGGUGAAGAAUACCAGAGAUGAAGUUAGUUGGGCCUUUACAGAGGUAUUAAAAGAAUUCAAGCGACUGCAGACUAAGGUGAUGGACUUCAUUGAUCAAGAGGAAAAGGCAGCUUUACUUGAUAUGGGGAAUUCUAUUCAGCGCAGACAUGAGCAACUUGCAGAUCUUAAGAAGCAGAAACUGUGGCUGACAAAUCUGUUGGACGAUCCAAGUGACUUUCAAUUCUUACAGGACUACCCAAAAAUAAAGGCCAUAUCUGAUUGCUCAGAAGCUUUGAUUGGACUGAAAUGUGAGGAACUCAGCAGUUUUGUGGGGAUUAAACAGACACUGAGUGAUUUGAAAUCCCAAAUCUCAAUGAUUGGACUCUGCUUCAUCAAUAAAAUCCUUCAGAAGGGAAUCACAAUGGUGCCAUAUGAACUAUUACCCACACCCACAGAUCGGAAGACUCUCCUAAAGUACUAUUGUAUCCUGAAUUUUGAUGCCACCACUGCCAACGAAGAGCUCUUCCUGUUUAAAGAGACUCACUCUGUGCUGAACAUGGGGAUUUUGUUGGAAACCUAUUCAAAACCCACCCCUGGAUUUAACCACUGGCCCCAGCUCCUUGGUACCCGCAGCCUCUGCGAGGGCUGCCAUUAUUGGGAGGCUGAGAUUUCAAAUGGCUGGCUGUGCCUGGGUGUUGCCUACAGCUACCGGCAUAAGACCGAAAAAUCGUGCAUGUUGUAUCUGAUUGGCAGGAAUAAUUAUUCAUGGUGCUUGGAGUGGGACUCAGUGAAUUUCUCUGUCUGGCAUAAUAAUAUCCAGACUGUGCUGCGUGGUGACUACUGCAAGACCAUUGGGGUUUUCCUGGAUUAUGCUGCAGGCUCCCUGACCUUCUACGGCAUCACCAGUUCCAUAAACCUCAUUUACCGUUUUUUAACCACAUUCACUGAACCACUGUACCCAGCUGCCAUGGUAAGCAGUGGGACUUCUAUUACUUUGAAACGACACCCUGAAUAGAGGCCAAAAAGAGGAGGGGGGGCGGGAAUCCCAUCUUAAAAGCCCAGAGAGCUUUUACAGUUGCUGAUAAAAUUAACUUUUAUCUCAUGA